UUGGAGAAACAAAAGGAAGAGACUAUUAAGAGUCUUGAUUCUCAGAUUGCUACUCUUAGUGAUGAAAUUGUCAAGAAGGUCCUUCCUGUCAGUAACUAAUUCUGCAAACUGGUAACCUUUUUUGGGGGUUGUUAUGGAGGUUUUAGAGAGGGAUGAGGAAGAUGUUAGCCCAAGAUUUCCAUUUCAAAGGAAUGGAUCACCAUUGUCUUGUGUAGUACCACCAUUUUUGCUCAAAGAUAGCAUCUCCAGAAAGAGCUUGUAUUACAACAAGCUACCUGAAGAACCCCUCAAGCUCACGGUCCUCAAAUUGGAUGGCUCUUCCUUUGAUAUUAAAGUAGCAAGGAAUGGGACAGUGGCAGAGCUGAAACAGGCGGUGGAAUCUGCCUUCAGUCACUUGCCAAAAACAGAACCAGGCAACGUUUCAUGGUCCCAUGUAUGGGGACAUUUUUGCUUGAGCUAUGAUGGACGGAAGCUACUUACUGAUAGUGAUCUGUUAGGAACUUAUCGGAUCAAGGAUGGCGAUAAGCUCAGUUUUAUGCGGCAUGUGUCCAUUAGUUACAAUAUGGUCAAAACGCGAUCCGAGAGAGAGGACCUUAAUAAAAAUGAACCUAGCACAUCCAAAUGCUGUGAAAGCAGACAGCGGAGAGGUGAACGAGAAGAUAAUCACCAUCAAGUUAACUUAUUAAAGAAACAUCAAAAUACUAUUCAUGACAGCAAUAGGGGUGUUAUUGCCAAUUGUGAAUCCAGGUUGGUUCAUUUGUUUAGAGGGUGGUUGCCAUACAAAUUGGCAAGCCCAAAAAGGAGAAUAAAAGGGAGGAACAGUGCAUCGGGAUCACGCGAUGGUUUUCUCACGGACUGCUAAAAGUGUUAUGUGGUUUCACAGUGAUUACUACUAAUCUCACAGAGAGUUGGAGGACAGAGAAUAACCAACAUACUUGAAAGUCUAAAAUUCAAAACUGUUUUGUGUCAAAGAGAGUUGGAAAAUGAAUUGGAAAGCAUCCACCUCUAGUUGAUUCUGCAUAGGAGAUUAGUCAUUUCUAGCAUCUGUUCCCUUUCCUCAUUUGCGGAUGAAUGUUAGUCAAUUAGUUGAGUAGACAUGAUUUUAUUUGGGGUUUGGCAUGUAAGUCUUGGGAGUGUGCAAAAGAACCCCUGACAUUGCUCUCCAUGUACACCAUUUUUUAGGUUCAGUGUAGUCAGACCUUGAUUUUCAUCUUUUUGCCUAAGAACACAAAUGCACAAAUAUUCCUUGAUCAUUGGAAAAAGCAAA